GGGUGCCGGCGGGGGAAGGGGGAGAGAGAGGGAGCGAGAGCGGGAGUGAGACGGGAGACCCCCCCCUCCCCGCUUUCCACCCCCUUCCCCGCCAUGUCGGAGCCUUCGGAGGAGACGGUGCUGUACGUGGAGCAUCGUUACGUCUGCUCGGAGUGCAGCCACCUCUCGGCCUCGCUGGAGGACGCCCUCCUCCACCAACAACACCACUUGGGCCCCCAGCAGCACCAGCAACAGCAUCACUACGAACUGGUGGGUUUGGCGGGGGAUUAUCAAGCUUUGGCGAUGCCGGAAAGCAGUCAGUACCAAUGUCUGGAGUGCGGGCAGCUCUUGGUAUCGCCGGGACAACUGCUGGAACACCAAGAGAUGCACAUCAAGUUGUUAGGACAAGAACCGGAACCUUCCCCCGUCGUUAAAGCUCCUCCCGGCGCCGGGCAGAUUCAUUACGAGUGCGUGGAAUGUAAAGCUCUUUUUACCAACCAGGAGGUUUGGUUAGCUCACCGGCAAAGCCACCGUGCCGAUCCUCCGGCUCCUCAAAUCCUCGGUCAAGGUCAAAACCAAGCUUUGGUGGAUCUGGAACAUUCUUACCGUAAACCGGAGGAAGAGGAGGAGGAAGAAGAGGAGGAGGAAGGCGGGGCGGAGAGCGGCGGCGGCGGCGGCACGGUUCAGCUCCUCCUCUACGAGUGCGGCGAGUGCCUGCAGCUUUUCCAAACCCCCAAAGACUUUUUGGAACACCAAGCCGCUCAUUUGGCCGCCCCGGCGCUUAACGGCGGCGGUAACGAGGCGCCGCCGGCCGCCGAUCACAGCUACGAGCUGAAGGACGACCCCGAGGAGGCGACGCCGGUAACGCCGCCGGUAACGCCGCCGGUAACGACGCCGGCGCGACGGCCGGCCGAGCACCGUUGCGCCGAGUGCGAGCAGCUCUUCCCCACGGCUCACCAGCUCCAGCUCCACCUGCGUUGUCACCGGCUGGGGGCUUUCCAGUGUCCCCUUUGCAGCAAGGUGUUGCCGUCCCCGCCGGCUCUGGAACAACACCUGGGGGGUCACAGCGGCGAAUCCCAUUUCCUCUGCCUGGAUUGCGGUUUGGCUUUCGACACCGAAGCCGUUCUCCUGGCUCACCGGCGCACGCACUGCCCCAACCCCCUCCACCGCUGCCCCUGCGGCAAAGCUUUCGUCAACAUGACCAAAUUCCUCUACCACCGACGCACCCACGGCACCCCCCCGACCAUCCGGAUGCACCCCGAGCCCUCCCCGACCGCCGAAAACCCCGCGCCGAUGACGCCGCCGACGCCGGCGGAGACGGCUGUGCCGCUCGCCGUUAUCUACUCCUCGGACGUCGGCGAAGCGCCGGGUCCCAGCUACCGCUGCCUGAUGUGCAGCAAAGUUUUUUCCAAACACCCGCAGCUGGCGCGGCACCAACGUUUCGUGCACCGCCUGGAACGCCGCCACAAAUGCCCCACUUGCGGGAAAAUGUUCAAAAAAAAAUCCCACGUCCGUAACCACCUCCUGACCCACACCGGCGAACGACCUUUCCACUGCAAGGAGUGCGGCAAGAGCUUCAACUCGCAGGCCAACCUCCUCCGGCACCGCCUGACGCACACCGGCGAGCGGCCCUACGAGUGCGAGGUGUGCCACAAGCGUUUCACCCAAUCCUCCACCCUCCGGCAACACCUUUUCGUCCACAGCCGUCGGUAUCCCUACAAAUGCCAGGAGUGCGGCGUUCGCUUCCACCGUCCUUACCGUCUCCUCAUGCACCGGUACCACCACACCGGCGAAUAUCCCUACAAGUGCCAGCAGUGCGGGCGUUCCUUUCUCCUCCGACGGCUUUUGGAGGUCCACCAGCUCAGCCACGCCGGACGGCAACCCCAAAUCUGCGCCGGCUGCGGCGCCGCCUUCGUCACCUCCCUCCAGCUUCGCGAACACAAGUGCGGUAAAAUCAGCCGGCGUUUCGAGUGUCCCACCUGCGGUAAGAAAGUGGGAUCGGCCGCGCGGCUCCGGGCGCACGAGAGGGUCCACGGCGUUCCCGGCGAACCCCCGGCUCCCCCGGCGCCGCCGAUUUCUCCUCCGGCGCCGCCGCGUCGUCCUCCUUGCCCCAAAAGCUUCGAAUGCGGCGACUGCAAAAAGCUUUUCAGCACCGAAACCUCCCUCCAAGUCCACCGCCGCAUCCACACCGGCGAACGCCCCUACCCCUGCCCCGACUGCGGCAAAGCCUUCCGGCAAUCCACCCACCUGAAGGAUCACCGGCGCCUCCACACCGGCGAAAAACCUUUUAAGUGCGAAGAAUGCGGCAAAGCCUUCGCCAUCGCCGUGCGGUUGGCCGAACACCGGCGCAUCCACACCGGCGAACGCCCUUACCGUUGCGAGGCUUGCGGUAAAGCUUACCGCUCCUUCUCCAACCUCUGGAAACACCGAAAGCUUCACCAGCAGCAACGGCUCCAGCACGAACGCGACGUCCUGGCGGAGGCGCAGGCAGCUGCCGGUGCCGUAACCGGUGCCGUAACCGGCGCCGUAACCGGUGCCGUAACCGGCGGCGUAACCGGCGGCGCCGGGCAGGACUACGGCAGCGCGUUGGCCAUCGUGGAGACCAUCGAGAUUUAUCCCGCGCCCCCCGAAAACCAGACGCCCGUCGUUAGCGAGGGGGGGGCUCUGGGUGACGUCACCGGGGAGGGGGUCUGAAGCGCAUUGGGGGGGGGGGGGGAAUGACCCUGGGGGGGUCCUGGCUCUGCGCUAGGGGGGGGUCACCCUAAAUUUGGGGAUGUGAGGGGGGCUGGGGGACACCCCUGGCACCCCCUUGGGAGGUCCUGGCUCUGCCCUAGGGGGGGGUCACCCUAAAUUUGGGGAUGUGAGGGGGGCUGGGGACCCCCCCCCCAUGUCCCCCCAGUCCUGCCCUGGGGGGGGGGGUCUCACCCCAUUUUAGGGACACGAGGGGACUGUGGAGCCCCCUGUCGUCCCCCCCCCCCCUUGGGGGUCCCAGCUCUGCCCUGGGGGGGCUGUACCCCCAUUUUGGGGACAUGAGGGGGCCUGGGCACCCCCCCAUCACCCCAGCCCUGCCGUGGGGGGGGGGGGCCCUCAGCCCCAUUUUGGGGACAUGAGGGGGCUGGGGGACCCCCUGUCACCCACCAGGCCCCCCCCUACCUUCCCCAGGGGUCUCGCCCCCAUUUCGGGGGGGGGGGGGGUAAUGAGGCCAUUGUCCCCCUGUCCCCCCCCCCGGGGAUGUCCCCAUGGUGCAGCGGGGUCUUCCUGCCCCGCCCCCCCUCCAUGCACCCCCGUUUUGGGGAUGGGGGGGGUCAGCAGGGCUGUCCCCCCCCCCUCGGAUUCAGGCGGGUGUUGGUGCCCCCCCCCCAUUGCCGCGGGGGGGGCGGGGGUUAAUUCCUGAUGCAAUUAAAAGCGAGAAAUGGA